AAUAAGUUAAAAAACAAACCAAUUUUUUUUUUUUUUUCAAUUCCGCCUUUAAAAAAGCGAAAAUUAUAACCUAAAAAACACUUCUAAAACAUCUUAUUGACACAUUUCACCUCAUUUGUGUUGCAAACAAAUUUUUUAUGAGAGCAGGUUGAAGAGAGGUUGAACAAAAUUUGGCUUCCAAGAUCAAAGAGGAGGAGUUGAAGACUGAUUUUAGAAGCUUCAACAAGUGUUGCAGCAUCAUUUCCAUACAUUUUCAAGCUUCCAUUGGCAGCAAGAGGAACUAGAAUGGCAUCUACAUCUUCCUCCAUUGGCAAUGAACAAGUAAUUGCAAAACAAAGAAAUGAUCCAAAUUCUCCCUUAUGGAAAUAUGUGGACAUUAUAAAACAACUUCCGGGAGGUGGGGGAUUCCGUUGGAAAUGCCAUGGAUGUGAUAUUGAACGUAAUAGUUCAUAUUAUCGAGUGGUAGGCCAUUUGUGUGGAAUAAAAGGAAGAGGCAUCAAAAAAUGCCCUGGCAAAAAUGGUAAACCUAUACCAGAUGAGAUAGUGAUGAAAUAUAUUAGGGAGCAUGAGGCGGCAGAAGAGAGGGAAGCCCGUAGAUUGAACCAAACCGCAUCAAAGAAAACAAGGGGAAUGCAAGGCCCUUCUAAUCCCAGUAUUGUAGUAGAAGACCACCCCUUCUUUGCCACAAAUGAACCUCAAAGUGAACCACCCUUGACACGUAAAAGAACAAAAGGGCCUUUAGAAACUGCAUUCCAAAAUGAGAGUAGAGACAAUGCUGAUCAAGAUAUAGUAAGGUGCAUUUAUGCAAAUGGUUUGUCAUUCAAUGUUGUUCGCUCCCCAUAUUGGAAGCAAAUGAUAAAAAGUGUUAAUGAGGCACCAAGAGGGUAUAAGGGCCCCGGUUAUGAGAAGGUACGUGGAACAUUAUUGGAGAAAGAGGUGAAGAGGGUUGAAGAUGCAUUGAAACCCAUAAGGGAUUCGUGGGUUGAGACAGGUGUAACAAUUGUUUCAGAUGGGUGGAAAGAUGCUAAAAACCGUCCCUUGAUCAAUGUCAUAGCGGUGUCCCCUAAAGGGGCAAUGUUUUUGAGAGCUGUGGAUUGUGAGGGCCAAAUAAAAGAUGGCGAAUUUAUUGCAGAAAUUCUCAUCUCUGCCAUUGAGUCUGUGGGACCCUGCAAUGUUGUCCAAGUCAUAACGGACAAUGCAAAAAAUUGUAGAGCUGCUGGUUUGUUGGUUGAGCAACGCUAUGAUCACAUCUUUUGGACACCUUGUGCGGUACAUUCACUCAAUCUUAUGCUACAAAGGAUUGGGCAAAAAAUAAAAUGGAUCAGAGAUGUGUAUGCAGAGGCUGAGGACAUCCAGAUGUUCAUCACAAACCACCACAUGUCUCAAGGGAUUUUUAGAACCUAUUCGAAUUUGGAGCUAUUGAAGGUAAGUGAAAUAGUAAUUUAAUUUUACAUUUUCUGAUUUUUUUGAAUUUUCAAUGUUAAUAAUAUCAUUGUGUAAGCUAUAUUGUGUAUUCUUCUUUAAAGUUUGGCUUUAUUUUUUAAUAAUUUGGCAUUAAUUUGUGUUAUAGGUUGCUGAGACCCGUUUUGCAUCAAACACAAUCGUCUUAAGACGACUUGUGAAAGUUAGAGUGGCACUAUGCAAUAUGGUGAUCAGCACCAAUUGGACUGUAUGGAAGCAAAGUAGCACUGAGAGGGCAGGAAAAAUUAGGGAUAGAA